AUGGUCCUCCUGGUCGUCGCGUGGCUCUGGGCAGCAGCAGCAUGCCGACUGGCGUCGGGGCCCGUCGGGGCACUGGCAUUGGGUUGGCCAGUCCCCUGGGGCGAAGCGAGCCGCCAAGACGUGGACGUGCCGAGGGUGCUCCGCGAUUUGCACUACCAAGAAUGCGCGUGCGACGUGCGGGAUGCGACGUACGUGCGCGGAGGUCACGGCCUGCAGCCCCCGCAGCCCCCUUCGAACAGCGCGGUGCGGGCGCAGCUCCAGGAGGCGGAGACCCUGCUCUCGACGGCCGCGGCGGAGGCGCCCCCUGUCGGGCCCCCUGCCGCCCCCCCUGUGGCGACGCCGCUCGACGCCGGGGUCAAGAACCUCAAGGACCUCAAGAAGCAGCUGAAGGAUUCUACGGCGGUGCUGCCGUCGCUCCCGGAGUUCGAGCCCGCGCGCGCUGCCAUGCAGGCGCAGCUUGACGGCGUGGUCGCCCGCGUCCGCGCCGCGGCCCCGCCUGGCGCGCGGCUCGACGGUGCCAGGGCCGCGCUGGAUCGAGCCUUGGCGCGCCGUGCCGCGGCCGCCGAGGCGAUGGCCAAGGCGCAGGCGGCCCGCGCGGCUGCCGAGGCCGAGCGCGUGCAGCUCGCCAGGGACGUCGAGGCCCUGAAGGCUGCCAUGGCCCCGGCGGGCACGCUGGCGGCCGACCCGCCGUCGUCCCAGCUCCAGCGGCUCGGGGCGGCGGCCCAGGACAUGCUGUCCGAGUUGGCGAGCGCGCAGGGCGCCGACCCGGCGCGCGUGAAGGUGGCGGAGACGCUCUCCCAGCAGCUGGCGCAGGGCUUCCAGGAGUCGCUGGCGCGGGCGAAGCUGGCCGCCCGCGACGCGGAGAUGACCGCCCCGCGGAGGAUGGUCGGCAAGCAGACGCCCCCCUCGAACGAGGAGCGGACCGCCGCUGUCGAGCUCGCUGUUCCCACGCGCCUGCGCGGGGAGCAGCCGAAGAAGGUGGCGUUGCAAGACUUCUGGCCGGGAGCACCCGUCAGAGUGCUCGAAUCAGCGGUCGGAAAAAAAGUGUUUGGCGUAGCUCCUUCGCAUGAGGGGGCAGCGGCUCUGGACGGCGACGUCGGCCUGGUGCUGGUCUCGGCGAACGUCCAGACUCUGAAGCCGCACCAGGAGGAGAGGAGCUAUUCACGGAACAGCAUCGACUCGCUCCUUGACAAGGUCGAGGCGCUGGAGGUGCAGUUCGACUCCCACGGGCGCGACAUCGCGGGCGUCCAGGAGGGCCGUUCGAAGAGCGAGGGCGUCUUCAACGGCUUGCUCUACCGUAGGUAUGCAGCGGCCGCCACCGACGAUGGCGCCCUCGGCGUGCAGCUGUGGAUUCAUCGACGCGUCCGCGGCCAUGUUCUACACUGGAGGGCCCUUACACCUCGACUGUUGUUCGGUGCCCUUCGGCUCAACAACGGCGCGGUGUUGGUGUUGACCGCCACGCGCGGCGCCUUCUGGGAUGAGCUGGCUAGCACCUCGCACGGGCUGAAGGAGCGCUACGCCCGAGCCUCCUUGCGCGUGGCCGUCGACGCCAGCGGACGCCUUGGCUCUGCGCUGUCCCGCCACAUCGGCCACGAGGACGUCGCCCACGAGGAUGAGAACGGAGCGCGCCUGCGCCUGCACUUCGACGAGAUCGACCUGGCCGCCGUGAGCACCUUCUGGCCGAGUGGCCCGACAUGGUGUUCGACGCGCGGCAAGUGGUACCGCGUUGACGACGUGCUCAGCGACUCGCCUGAGCUGGUCACUGCCUGCCGCGUGGACCUUGACGUGGACCUGACGUUCAAC